AUGCCCACACAAAGUCAGGGGAACAAAACUGCCUGUAUCAAACAACCUCAGAAAAAUUUCAGUAAACCUGAAAUUAAAAAAGACGAGGGAUUUAUUGAUCCUGCCGAUGCAUCAGACGCCUUGGACAAAAUGGAGUCUCUGUUAAAGGAGAUGAAAAAAGACAAUAAACACACUGCGUCAGUUGUCAUGGGUGAUGUUAUUGGUGUUAUCCAAAGACAAGCCGAGAACGCAGAAUUUGAAGACUUGUGCUACUCUUCAGAAGAGAAUGUGAUGAAUAUUCUUGACUGUCAAAGUGACCUGGAGAAAGGUAAUUUUCCCUGGUCUGUAAUGAUUCCCAGUGAGGCCUUUGAUAAAGCAAGUCUGGAAAACAAUGAAAGUGUAUUUGUUUACGUUUUUCGGUUCAAAAACAUGGGAAGGAAGGAUGAAACUAACAGUGUUUUGAACAAUGAGGUUUAUGGAAUAACUAUGAGGGCCAAUAUCGCCAACCUUACUAACAAUAUUGAAAUGUUCUUUACUCAAAAUGAUCAGGUCGGUAAGGCGUCCUGUGUUUCUUGGGAUGGCAAAGGAGGACUUAAAUGGACGACAUCUGGCUGUGAGACAGAGCAAAUCGACAACACCACCAUAAAGUGCUCCUGCUCACAUCUGACGUUCUUUGCAGUGCUGAUGUCUCUGACAGAUGAAAACAACACAGAGCUGGAAUCAUUGACCUUAAUUUCUUAUAUUGGCUGCGGCAUCUCCAUGUUUUUUAUGGCCAUCGCUUUAUUCAUGCAUUUCCUGCUACGGAAAGCCAAAUCAAAUCAGGCCACGAAGAUCUUGAUGAACAUGUUUGUGGCUUUGUGUCUACUGAAUGCCUCGUUUUUGUCAAACGAGAGUGUUGCUAACACAAAAGACAAUGCUGCGUGCGUCUUCAUAGCGCUGGUGCUGCAUUACUCCAUGCUGGCCUCAUUCACCUGGUUCUUCAUUCAAGCUCUUCAUAUGUACUUAUGGCUCAUCAGACAGAACGUCACCAUCACAAACUACAUGAGGAAGAUCACCGUGUUGGGCUGGGCGUUUCCCGCUCCAAUAGUCAUAGCUAUUGCUUCUGUAGGAGAAUAUAAAACACUGAUCCUAAAAACAACGUCUGGAAAAAUUUCACGAAUGUGCUGGAUUACAAAUCCCGUCAUUCACUACGCAGUGAACAUCGGCUACUACGCUUUAGUUUUCAUCUUCACGACAGGAAUCUUCAUCACUAUCUUAACUAGGAUUGUCCAGGCCAGACGCAUGAGAGCAACUGACGGCAAGAGAAAGACGUUCAGAAAGCAGCUGAUGAUGGUGUUGAGUUUGUUCCUGCUCUUCGGUCUGACGUGGUCUGUGGCGUUCUUCAGUUAUGGACCGAUGCGCAUUCCCUCAUAUUACAUAUUCACUGUGCUGAACUCAUUACAGGGGUUCUUCCUCUUCCUGUAUUACUACCACAUUCACAAUGACGUCGCAGGUCAUUUCUCAGAUGAUCCAGAAAGCACCGAAUCCACUACAACCAUCGCUCAAUCCAGCAUUACUGCUGUGGAAAAUAUUUAUAACUAGCAUAAUUAGGAUAGAAGGUCUUC